AUGAAGGAAAUGUCCUGCUUCUGCUUGGCUUUUUCUUCCUUGUUGGAACAGAUGGUGAAGGCUUACAAAUACGUGACUGGUAUUUUUUCAGUGACUCAUAGCUCAGAGCCACAGGUUUCAGAUGGUGAUAAGAAGCUCACCAGGAUGGAUGUAAGCAUGCUUGAGGAGCAGUAUGACCAUAUAAAACAGAAGCAAAAACUGCAACCACACAUUAUUGUAUAUAAAACAGGUGGACAUGAAUCUGUUCUGCCAGAAUCAAUGAUCAACCCUGUUCUAAUUAAUAAGAAAGUUAAAAGAUCAAAGUCAUGUAGAGGAGACAUCCCUGUCAGAAAGGUCCCCCUGGAGACAACCAAUGGUGGUGACUCAGAAGAGGAUUUGCUAUGGCGCGUCCACCUGGGAAGGCACCGCCUCGGGCAGGCCCUGGGACAAGGAGAUUCCUGGGAUCUCUCCCACUGCAGCAGCACACCAUGGAGUUUUGAAAACCAGAGACUGCUUUCAAAGGGAAAUGGCACACUGCAGACCAAGGAACCAGCAGGAGCAAGUGAACUGGCUGAGCUCAGGCAGCUGGGAAGCUCAAGCGUGUUGAACAGUCUCAGCAGAGACAAUGGCUGCAACAUUUCAAGCUCCUGCCAAAAGCCUCCUCUGAAAUCACCCACUGCAGCACUUUGGGCACAUCAGCAGAUUGCUGCUACAAAAGGCAUGCCAGCCUGCAACAAACUGAACUUUUACCCUUUCCCAAAUAGGAAAGGGCCCAGAAUUUCUGAAGCUGCAAGGAGGCUUGGGUUGUAUGUCUCACAAUGA